GUUGAAGCCUGCAGAAUGUGGUAUAAAAGUAUUUGCUCUGCACUGCUCUUCAGUUCCAUCCUCAUCUGCUGCCCAGCUAAAUCUAUAGAUAAAUCAGAAAUACAGAUCGAGAUAACCCGGGAUAUAAACUGCGCGAGCACAAGAAAAGCGCGUGCAGGCGACAAGGUCACUGUGCAUUAUGGGGGAUUUCUGCAGGAUGGAAAGAAGUUUGAUUCAAGUUUUGAUCGUUCUCAACCUUUCACGUUCACGCUUGGAGUAGGUCAGGUCAUUCCUGGCUGGGACCAGGGCCUGCUGGGAGUAUGUAAGGGAGAGGAGAGACACUUGGUGGUGCCUGCUCAACAUGCAUACGGAGAACGUGGUGCAGGAGAUGUUAUUCCUCCAGGAGCUACACUUCUCUUUGACAUAGUUAUAGUAGACGUUGAGAGAAAAGACACUGAAGAGGAUCCGGAGGAGUUGGAGAGGAAACAGAAGGAGAAGGAAAGACUUGAAGAGCUCCAAAGAAGAGAGGAGGAUGAGAAGAAUCGCGAAGAAGAAUUACAGAAAAGAGAAGAGGAGUUGAAGAGACGAGAAGAUGAAGAGGAAAAUAGAAAACUGGAACAACGAAGAAGAGACGAAGAAGAGGAGAGAAGAGCUGAGGAGUUAGAAAGACGAAGAGAAGCAGAAGUGAGAGUAAAACAGGACGAAGAUGCAAGGAUCAAAGAAGAUAAAGAACGAAAAAAUGAACUUGAAAGAAGACGAGAAGCAGAAGUAAGAGUAAGACAGGACGAGGAAGCAAGAAUCAAAGAAGAGAAAGAACGAAAAAAGGAACUGGAAAUGAGAAGAGAAGAACAGGAGAGAGUAAAAGAAGAGGAGAAAAGAAGAGAGGAGGAGAAUAAGAGAAGAGAUGGAGAGAAGAAGCGUGGAGGAAGUAAGGUAGCUGAGGGAACUAGAAGAAAAGAAGAUCAAGGAGCAGAAUAUUAUGAUGAUGAAUAUUAUUAUGAUUACCCAUCUGCUUGUGGUCAGGGAGAAUUAAAAAUGCAGGUUACACAUAGACCAGUCAGGUGUGGAAAGAUUACAAAAUCUGGGGAUCGUUUAACGAUGCAUUACACCGGUAAACUGGAGAACGGUCAGAAGUUUGAUAGUUCUUUAGAUCGGAACAAACCCUUCCAGUUCACACUUGGAGUUGGACAGGUUAUUGCUGGUUGGGAUUCUGGCCUGGAGGGUAUGUGUGUAGGUGAACAGAGAACUCUCGUUAUACCUCCUGAUCUAGCAUACGGGGAACAAGGAGUCGGUGCAGUAAUACCACCUUGUUCUACACUCGUCUUUGAUGUUGAACUUAUAGAUCUAGAAAACUAAUUGUACUUUAAUUAAACUGUUCUGUACUGUUAUAAACUGUAUUUUACAAUCUGCAUGUACAUUCUACAGCCGUGUUUUGUAUGGUAGAACACUGAACAUGUACAGUAUACAAUCCAUGAAUAUCCUGUACAAUUUACCUUGCUAUAAUACAUCAUGAACUCACAAAAAGAAAAAGAAAAACAAUACACGGUUAUUCUGUAAAAUAUGGUUUUGUACUUUCCUGUGCUGUAGUGUAGUCACUUUUUUGUCAUUUAUAGAAAUUUAAUAAAUCUAUAUAACUAGG